GGGGGGGGCUGUUUACUUACCCGCUCCAGCCGAAAAUCCCUAAUUCGAGGCAAGAGGGAAGAGGGGAGAGUUGUCGAGGGUUCCGUCAGCGGCGAUAGAAGUCGCCGGCGGCGCAAGGAGGAAGAACUCACCUGUGUCUUUAGUCGCCGGUGAUUUUGGCGCGCCCCAGCCGAGAGGCGUUUGAGGGAAUCCCGCCUCUUCUAUAACACUGAAUCACUCAUCUUUGAGCUAUCUUAGCUCAACCCGGGAGUUCUUUAUUCACAUUCAACCCAAAAGGGGCAAAAACAUUGUUUUUCUUACACUUUCAUGGCCACGGGAGAUGAUGUUAUGGAAGCUGGUGCCUCUUCAAUUCUUGGUGCUGUGGAGUCCGAGAAGAGUGAAGAAAUCGUUUCCCCAGAAGAUAUAGCGUGGGCAGACUCCUGCUUGGUCAAAGAUUCUGAAAUAUUGGAUUGUAACUGGGAUGCUCUGAAAGCUGCUUUACUGGAAGUCGGAACUUCACAACCUGAUUCACUUGACUUCUCUGUAUCCGGAAGAUACAGUGGCGUGUUUGACAACGAGAUCCAUCCUUCCAACGAAGGAUCACAAACACCGCUUAGUUUAGGAAUGACUGAUUCUAAUGAAGAUGCUUCGAGUGAUGAUGAGGUUGAACAGCCUGAUGAUGACUCUAGAAUACUUGAGAAGAUUGAUAAGUUGAUUUUAAAAACUAAACGGCGGCAUCCAUUUCGGCCAAAUUACAGUGAGUAUUUGAAAGAAAGUGAAAAUGCCGAUUCUGAGUUCGACAUGGGUUUUCCUGCAUUUGCAGCGGAGGAAUCAAGUGAGGAUAUCUUCAGGGUCUGGGAUUUGGGCAUCCCGGCUGACUCUGAGGAAGACGUACUAAUCAAGCAGCUGAAUAUGGCCGUGGAAGAAACUUCCUCUCAGUCAAUAGCUUCAACUUCUGAUGAUUCUGGUGGGUUAGAAGUUUUCAAGAAGGAGCGGCUUGAUGACAUCCUAGCUGGCCUUGCUGACCUCUCUUUGGACCAAAACAGAGGAUGAGGGACGAAGUCAUGUUAUAUUAAACCAGGGGUGGGGUUUUAUCAUUUUUUUUUUUUUUUUUGCGCCGGGGGGUUGGGGCGGUGGUUAGGUUUUCCUGAAGAUAAUUUUUAGAAGUGCCUGAGAAGUUUCCAGUCUUGGAACUUGUAAAGUUCAAUCAAUGUUAUUUUCGGUUCCUAGAGAAAAGUUUGAAGUAGCAGGGAGGAUGGAUAAACCUCGCGUGUUUUUACUAGCUUUGGAGGAGGUGGUGGAGAUCUUAACCUCUUCUUAUAAUUGUGCUCCUGUAUAUAUUCAUAGUUGAGCGGACUGCUCAUCUUGAACAAGUUCUCAGUAUAGUUAAUACCCAAUACCAGACCAGAGAGACUAUAAUUGCUCCAACUUCUCGAGUACUACUUUUGUCUGUCUAUUUUCAAGGGUAAUGUUACAAAUCUUGAGGUUCCAAACAUGAUAAAAGUUUUCUUUACCUUUGAUUCCAAAGAGGAGAACAAUGGCUCUUCUUUGGAGAGGAAAAUAUGUAUAUGUACCUCUUGUACAACUUUCUUUUUGAGCUUCAAUUGGUUUUUGUUUGGGAUGGUU